AUGUCCACAGCGGCCGCUCUUCAAGCCCGCUUGAAGGAGCUUUCAACUACACUCGGCCAGAUCCAACCUCUUGUUGACCGAUUGCGCAACUUUACCGCUUCUAUCGGGCAAGGCGAUGAGGCGCGUGUGGAACUCGGAGCCGAAAUACACUCGCAGUUGAAAGAUGCCGAGGGCGAAUUGGAGCUCUUGCGCGGGGACAUCGAUGCACUAGAUACCGGCUCGGAGGGCAGGAGGAAACCCUCAAUUAAUGGAGGAGAGAAGGAGGCUGAGAAAGAGCGGGUGGUUGCGAUGGCGGGGCGAUUGGUGGAUGAUUUGAGAAGAACUCGGGGAGAUUUUCGAAAUGCUCAAUUACAAGCGAAGCGGAACGCCGAGCUUGCAAAGCGCAAGGAGCGCGAGUUAUUGUUGUCGAGGUCGCAAGAUUCAUCCGCGAAGCGGAAUCCUUCAGAGAAGUUUACGCAGGACGAUCUUGUGUUGAAUGCUUCGAAUGAUGUGACCGCCGCUCUGCGCAGAACCCAUCACUUGAUGCAGGCUGAGCUAUCUCGGAGCCAGUUUGCGCAAGAGACACUCGAACAAUCAACGGCCGCCAUUUCUUCCCUGUCGGAGUCCUACAGCAGCCUUGAUACGCUCCUCGCAAACUCUCGCAGCCUCGCGAAUUCUCUCCUCCGCUCUCAAAAAUCGGAUACAUGGUACCUCGAGACGGCGUUCUAUAUUCUCGUUGGAACUAUCUCAUGGCUCGUUUUCCGCCGCGUUCUCUACGGCCCCAUGUGGUGGCUAGUUUGGCUUCCUUUCAAAUUCGCCAUGCGUUUCGUUUUCGCUGUCCUGGGGGCCGUCGGGAUUUCAAAGGGGUCAAAUGAACUUGCUUCUAGCUCAGUUGCUAGUGAUAUAACUGCGACCAUUCAACAAGCUGCUACUGCCGUGACGGGGGCAACGGUGCCGAGUGCUGAUGCUGCGUGGGAUAACGAUAAGCCCGAUGAAGCCGAGCAAGAUCGCGUCAUUGAUAAGAUUGGGCGCAUGGUCGAGGAUGGGAAGUGGGAUGGAACUAAUAUUGACGAUAUCUCGGCUGAAGAGAUGGAAAGGCAAGAUGAGAUACCUCGCAACCCGAAGAAGCGCAUGUAUGAGGAGGAGCAAGUUUCUCUCACCCAAGUCCCGACUACUCAACUACACAACUCUCAAAGCACCAAUCCUCCUUGCCGUGCUCGCAUCGAGUGUGAGUUUGCAAUGGCAUCUACUUUCUUCAACAACAAGGCCCGUGCUGCGGCCGCUGCUGCUUCCAGCAGCUCCAAGACCAAAGCAACCGACAGCAAGGAAGAUACAACCCGUCUACAGCCAUGGGUUGAAAAAUACCGCCCCAAAACCCUUGAUGAUGUCGCCGCGCAAGAUCACACAACCAAGGUCCUUCAGCGCACCUUGCAAGCUUCCAACCUCCCUCACAUGCUCUUCUACGGACCCCCAGGAACAGGCAAAACCUCCACCAUCCUCGCCCUAGCCAAAUCCCUCUUCGGCCCCGCCCUCUACCGCUCCCGCAUCCUCGAACUAAACGCCUCCGACGAGCGAGGCAUCGGCAUCGUCCGUGAGAAAGUAAAAAACUUCGCCCGCGCACAACUCUCCCAAUCAACCGGCCUCGACGCCGCCUACCGCGCACAAUAUCCUUGCCCACCCUUCAAAAUCAUCAUCCUCGAUGAGGCGGAUAGUAUGACCCAAGACGCGCAGGCCGCGCUCCGUCGCACGAUGGAGCAGUACUCCCGCAUCACCCGUUUCUGCCUGGUGUGUAACUACGUCACGCGCAUUAUCGAGCCGUUGGCCAGUCGAUGCAGUAAAUUCCGCUUUAAGAGCCUUGAUAACGCCGCAGCGGGUGAUCGGGUUGCGGAGAUUGCGCGUGCAGAGAAUCUGAAGCUUGAUGACGGUGUUGUGGAUACGCUUAUUCGGUGUGGUGAGGGUGAUCUGCGCCGUGCUAUUACGUACCUCCAGAGUGCGGCGCGGUUGGUGGGUGCUACACGUGCGGGUGCGAAGGACGCUGAUGACGAUGCUGAGAUGACGGAUGCCGGGAGCUCGGGGUCGGAUACUAUUACCGUUCGGACUGUUGAGGAGAUUGCAGGUGUUAUUCCGGAGGGUAUUCUGGAUAAUUUGGUACAGGCUAUGCAGCCGAAGGCGUCGGGGUCUGCGUAUGAGGCUGUUUCCAAGGUGGUGACGGAUCUUGUUGCGGAUGGGUGGAGUGCUACGCAACUUGUUACCCAGAAGAAUAAGAUCGUUAUGGUCUUCUCGGAACUGGAUAGGCGGCUGGUCGAUGGUGCAGAUGAGCAUCUGUCUGUGCUGGAUCUGGCUCUGCGCAUUGCUAAUAUCUUGCGCGGGUGA